AUGGCGGCCAGGCUCCCUCCGGACCUCCGGGGCCGACGCCGCUCCCCCUGCCACCCGCUCACCUGCAGGCCGCCGCCCUCCGCCCCGCGCCGCUCCGAGGCGGGCCCCGCCCCGUGCGAGACCGUCCUCAGCACCGGCCCUCAGGCCCGCGUCGCUGCCGGGGCCCCAUCCGACACCGCGCUCCGGCCGGAAGCGGACUCACGCCCUUCCGGGGAGGGGCUUCGAGCAGCCGCGCCGCGGGCCGCGGCCUCGCGGAGGCAAAGCGGCUUUCCGCCGGGGGAGCGUGCGGGGAGACCCCCGUCCCAGGACAGGCGGAGUCAGCAGACUCUCCGUGCUGGGGAGAAGGCCUGGGCGCAUGUCCCGAGUAGGGGAGACUACUCUCAGGGCUCUCCCUGUCACCACCAGCCAGUCCCCAAAUUGGAAAAAACAUCUAAGUGCCAGCAGUGUGGGAAAAGCUUUAGCCGAGGUUCUUACCUCAUUCAGCAACAGAGAAUCCACACAGGAGAGAAGCCUCACAAGUGCAGUGAAUGUGGGAAAGGCUUCAGUGAGCGCUCCAACCUCAUUGCCCACCUAAGGACGCACACGGGGGAGAGACCCUACCGCUGUGGGGAAUGUGGGAAAAGCUUCAACCAGAGCUCCAGCCUCAUUGUCCACCAGAGGACCCACACCGGCGAGAAGCCUUAUGAGUACGCUGUCUGUGGGAAGAGAUUCAACAACAGCUCCCAGUUCAGCGCUCACCGGCGAGCCCACACCGGGCAGAGCCCCCCCUCCGCCCCACGCGCACUGUGGGAAAAGCUUCAACAACGGCACCCACGGCCAUGCCCACCAGAAGACACACACCAGGGAGAAGCCGUACAAGUGCCCUCGGAGUGAGAAAAGCUUCCCCAAGAAUCCCGUCCUCAUCCACCAUCAGGGGGCACACAGAAGACACACUCACACCCAAGAAGGGACACAUGCUGCGAUGGUGUAGGAAAGCCAACAGAUCAAUUCCCUAGUUUGAGUCUCUCCUGGAGCUUCCAUUGGCUUGUGGAGGCUUCUGCCAGCCAGUCCGUGGCUCAGCAGGAGACCUACAAGUGGAUCUCAAGAACCACAGCGGGACUAGGAAUCAGCAUUAGAGUGCUGAGCUCUCUUUCUAGGUCUGCCUGUGACCCCCAGUCCUGUGUCACUGUGGACUUCCAUCUGCUUUGAACACAGGAUCCAAAGUCCUGCCAGGAAACUAGGGUAAACUUGUUCUGAAAAGAGAAUGGGUGGCUAGUGGCCUGGGAACUGUUCCUGGGGCAGGUCAGAGAAGAAAUUUUCCGGGCUCAUGGGAAGCACAUCUAGAAGUGAAUGGCCUCGACGUAUCCUAAACCAAUAAUGACCUCUAGGCACCUGCUCUCUGGUACAUCGACCUCAGAGUAGGUCACUGCUCUAUACUCCAGUCACCCAGAAAAGACAGCAAAGCAGGAGGGACAGCUUAAGCCACAGGGUACCACUACUCUAAGUGACUUAA